CACACUGUCCUUCUCUAACCCCUUUUCUCUUUUCUCUUUCUUCCACUCUCAGCUCUGUUGUUUAGACCUCUGUUUCCGCCAUUUCCUCUGCCUUGUAUGCUUUCUUAUAACUAAGAACAAAUACUUCCUCCAUUUUUCAUUCCCAUGGACUCCAUGCCUAGACUACUCAUUCCUUUUCUUCUUCUUCUUCUUUCUUGUGUUUUCAUCAAUGCCAAGAAAACCUACAUUGUUCAUAUGAAACAUCAUGCUCUCCCAUCACAAUAUCUCACUCACCAUGAUUGGUACUCUGCUAAUCUUCAAUCUCUUUCUUCAUCUUCUUCCUCUGACUCUCUUCUUUACACCUACACUUCCUCCUUCCAUGGCUUUGCUGCUUUUUUAGAUUCUCAGGAAGUGGAAUUGCUCCGGCAAUCCGAUUCGGUUCUGGGUGUUUAUGAAGAUACUGUUUACAAUCUUCAUACGACUCGUACUCCCGGAUUCCUCGGUCUCGACUCUGAUUUCGGGUUAUGGGAAGGUCACACCACUCAGGAUCUUAACCAAGCUUCUCACGAUGUCAUCAUUGGUGUUCUCGAUACUGGGAUUUGGCCGGAAUCGAAGAGCUUUGAUGACACUGGAAUGCCGGAGAUCCCAUCACGGUGGCGUGGAGAAUGUGAAGCAGGACCUGAUUUUAGUCCUUCCCUUUGUAACAAGAAACUAAUUGGAGCUCGUAGCUUCUCUAAAGGUUAUCAAAUGGCUUCCGGCGGUGGGUAUUUCAGAAAACCGAGAGAGAAUGAGUCAGCUAGAGAUCAGGAUGGGCACGGAACGCACACCGCCAGUACGGCUGCUGGUUCACAUGUGGCUAAUGCGAGUUUACUUGGUUAUGCUAGAGGCAUUGCUAGAGGGAUGGCUCCACAAGCGAGAGUUGCUGCUUACAAGACUUGUUGGCCAACUGGUUGCUUUGGAUCUGACAUUCUUGCCGGUAUGGAUCGGGCGAUAAUGGACGGUGUCGAUGUACUUUCACUCUCUUUAGGUGGUGGCUCUGCUCCGUAUUACAGGGAUACCAUAGCAAUUGGAGCAUUUGCAGCUAUGGAGAAGGGGGUUUUUGUUUCUUGCUCAGCUGGGAAUAGUGGUCCAAACAAGGCUUCCCUGGCCAAUGUAGCACCAUGGAUCAUGACGGUUGGAGCCGGAACGCUCGAUCGAGACUUCCCAGCUUAUGUCCAGCUUGGAAAUGGGAAACGAUUCACUGGAGUGUCGCUAUACAGUGGGCAAGGAAUGGGGAAUAAGGCAGUGGCAUUGGUGUAUAACAAAGGAAGUAACACCUCCAGUAAUAUGUGCUUGCCGGGUUCUCUUGAGCCGGCGGUGGUUCGAGGGAAAGUGGUGGUUUGCGACAGAGGAAUCAAUGCCAGAGUAGAAAAAGGAGGGGUGGUGAGAGAUGCUGGUGGGAUUGGGAUGAUUCUGGCAAACACAGCAGCUAGUGGGGAGGAAUUGGUGGCUGACAGUCACUUGCUGCCAGCCGUGGCGGUGGGAAGGAAAACUGGCGACUUGAUCCGGCAGUAUGUUCGAUCAGAUUCAAAUCCAACCGCAGUGUUGAGCUUUGGUGGGACAAUUCUGAACGUCCGCCCAUCUCCGGUGGUGGCGGCCUUCAGUUCUAGAGGACCAAAUUUGGUAACCCCCCAAAUCCUCAAGCCGGACGUUAUUGGUCCUGGCGUUAACAUCUUGGCUGCCUGGUCUGAGUCCAUUGGACCUACUGGAUUGGAGAAUGACAAGAGGAAAACUCAGUUCAAUAUCAUGUCUGGAACUUCCAUGUCGUGCCCACAUAUCAGUGGACUGGCUGCAUUGCUGAAGGCAGCUCAUCCACAAUGGAGUCCAAGUGCAAUCAAAUCUGCUUUAAUGACCACUGCAUACACUCAGGACAACACCAACUCGUCUCUCCGGGAUGCUGCUGGAGGGGGGUUUUCCAAUCCAUGGGCUCAUGGAGCUGGCCAUGUUGAUCCUCAUAAAGCUCUCUCCCCUGGACUUUUAUAUGAUAUCUCAACUAAUGACUACGUUGCCUUCUUGUGCUCCUUGGACUAUGGGAUUGAUCAUGUUCAAGCGAUUGUGAAACGUUCGAACAUAACCUGCUCUAGAAAGUUUGCUGAUCCGGGACAACUUAACUAUCCUUCAUUUUCAGUUGUGUUUGGGAGCAAGAGGGUUGUUCGGUACACUCGUAUAGUCACCAAUGUUGGGGCUGCAGGGUCAGUUUAUGAUGUGGCUACUACUGCACCACCGGUUGUGAAGGUGACCGUGAAACCUUCAAAGCUUGUGUUCACUAAAGUUGGGGAGAGGAAGAGGUACACUGUUACAUUUGUUGCGAGCAGGGAUGCUGCUCAAACCACAAGAUUUGGGUUUGGGUCGAUUGUGUGGAGCAAUGACCAACACCAAGUUAGAAGCCCCGUGUCAUUCGCCUGGACUAGGUUGUGAUUGUUGUUUUUUGUAUAGGGCGUUUUUCCAAUUGUUGUAGGUUUUCCCAUUCCUUCAACUUGCUCCAGUUUCAGAAAGAAAACGGCAAGAAGAUGAUGAUCAAUAAACAGUCAACAAGAGAAUGAUCAUCAUCAAGCAUGGGAAAAUUCAGCGUUUUGGUUUGCCAUUGAUUGAGAAAAGCUUUAGGGUUAAAACUAAUGUAAUGGCAUAAAGUUUGGCGUUUCUAUUCCUAGGUAUCUAAAAAUUGUUUUACCAUCUGUCUGUAACGAAAAUUCAAAAACAUGAAGGCCAGUGAAGUGUGUGCUUUUGACUUGGGUUGUUUAACUCCCAAAAGUUCUCCCAUUA